AUGAGCUACCAAACCACCAGUUAUUUCUUUCUGGCUGUUGCCUUCGUCCACUUAUUCAGGCUGGCGCUUUCCGCCUGCCCGGCCGCCUGCCAGUGCCCUCUGGAGGUGCCCAAAUGUGCCCCGGGAGUCGGUCUGGUUCUGGACGGCUGCGGCUGCUGUAAAGUCUGCGCUAAACAACUCAACGAGGACUGCAGUAAGACCCAGCCUUGUGAUCACACCAAGGGGCUGGAAUGCAAUUUCGGCGCCAGUACCACGGCUCAGAAGGGGAUCUGCAGAGCGCAAUCCGAGGGGAGACCCUGUGAAUAUAACUCAAAAAUCUACCAGAAUGGUGAAAGUUUCCAGCCCAAUUGUAAACACCAGUGCACAUGCAUAGAUGGAGCUGUGGGCUGCAUCCCACUCUGCCCACAAGAACUCUCUCUCCCUAACCUGGGCUGUGCCAACCCAAGGCUGGUUAAAGUCCCUGGCCAGUGCUGUGAAGAAUGGGUCUGUGAUGCGACCAAAGAUGCUCCUGAGGAGUUGGAAGGUUUCUUCAACAAAGAAUUUGGUCUGGAUGUUUCUGAAGGUGAAUUAACCAGGAACAACGAGCUGAUUGCCAUUGUGAAAGGAGGACUGAAAACGCUACCUGUCUUUGGAUCCGAGCCAUACAGCCGAUCUUUUGAGAGUCUCAAAUGCAUUGUGCAGACAACUUCAUGGUCCCAGUGUUCAAAGACUUGUGGAACUGGCAUCUCUACCAGAGUCACCAACGAUAAUCCCGACUGUAGACUAGUCAAAGAGACCAGGAUAUGUGAAGUGCGGCCAUGUGAACAGACCAGUUAUGGUUCCCUAAAGAAGGGAAAGAAAUGCACCAAGACCAAGAAGUCACAAGCCCCAAUGAAGUUUACUUAUGCUGGCUGUUCCAGUGUGAAGAAGUAUCGCCCCAAAUACUGUGGCUCCUGUGUGGAUGGAAGAUGCUGUACCCCCCACCAGACCAGGACCGUCAAGAUCAGGUUCCGUUGUGAUGAUGGAGAAACUUUCACUAAGAAUGUAAUGAUGAUCCAGUCUUGCAAAUGCAACUACAACUGUCCACAUGCAAAUGAAGCUUACCCCUAUUACAGACUGUUCAAUGACAUUCACAAAUUUAGGGACUAAAUUGUGAUGGGGGUGGGGCGUUAUCAGAAUUUUGAAGUAACAAGCAAUGGAGAAAAGAACUCUGCGGAAAUGGUGCCUUGCCCAUUUGAGGGCAACAUUGAGAUACUACUACAAGAGCACCCUGUGCAACUGGACUCUAAUGCAACAGAGAUUUAAGUAUACUUAAAGCUUCAUAGUACUGGAGCAACUUUAUUGCUUCUUUUUGGAGCACCUUACCUUAAUCAUGUGCUGUUUUCUGUUUGUAACUGAUCAGAUAAAUUGUUUGUUCUGGUUAUGAAAACUUUAAACUUUUCUAAACUCUUCAGUUUUAACACUAUGCUUUUUUUUUUUUUUUUUUAAUUUUUUUUCCAAACAUGAGUUGGAAGAUACAUUCCUUCCUGAGGUGGGCACUUUAGAGUGCUCACUGGUGGCAGCUAUUAUGUACCAACUAUAGUUUAACUGCAAACAGAAAUCAGUUGUUUUAAAGCUGAGUAUUUUAUUUAUCAAAAUGUAGCUUUUUUUUUUUUAACCCCCCCCCCC